ACGUGAACUGUCCCGGUUAUGUCGACUGCUGAUACCAGCUUCCCAAAAAAACUACCGCAGAAAUUAGACCGACUCAUUCGUCACUCGUCAAUUCAUUCUCGCUGCGAUAUUCACCGUGAACGCACCGUGAACGUAUCGAAAACUGUCAUAGUACAGAUAGAGCACAGUGACAAAGAACACUUUAUUAACGGAUUUACGCAUAUCGCACAUCACAAGAUGGUUGUUAAUUUCGCCGGCAAGUACAAAUUGUCGAAAAGUGAGAACUUCGACGAGUAUAUGAAAGCGAUGGGUGUUGGCCUGGCAAUGCGGAAGAUGGCAGGUUUAAUGUCGCCGUCCUGUGAAGUAACUCAAAACGGAGAUAAUUUUGAGAUCAAGAUGAACGUUCCUAUGGUGAAUACUCACAUCCAAAAAUUUAAAAUAGGUGAACCGUUCCAAGAUCUUGCGCCUACGGGUGAUAAAACAAUGGUCAUCGUGAGUUGGGAUGGCGAUAAGCUAGUUUUCGAUGAAGUUGAGAAAACCGACCCACCACAUCAGAUCAUUCGUGAAUUAAAUGGUGAUGAUAUGGUAGUGAAAUGUAUCAAAGGUGAUGCUGUCUGCCGUCGGGUAUUUAGACGUACAUAAAUACUACCACUGCACGGUGCCGAAACAUUACAUACCCGUAAACGCCAACACGUUUGUUUUUUUACCUGUAUAUUUAUUUAUCGAACAGCUACGUUUCGUGAAUUUGGUGGACACUAUUUUCAGUCAAAUAUGUUUUUCAGCUUUUGAACACAAUCUUUGAUUCACACGCCGAGAAUAAGUUUUAUUCUUCAAGAGACUCCCUUCCUUUGCGAGCAGAACUUCACCAAAGGAGAUAUCGGAACGUUUUCACUCGCAUAUUAUUUUCCCAGAUGACUUCGACAUCGUUAAUUCGAUUGGGAACGCGGGAUUAGAUUAAUCAUCUGGAUUAGCUGGAUUUAUACAAAAUCUUCUGUCUCCAACCAACAAUCUUAUUUUUUUUUUUUUUUUUUUUUUUUUGCGGUUUUUUUUGUAUUCGAACUUUUUCCAUCGAUUUUAUUGUCUAAAUGGUUAAGAUCCGUCAAUCAAAACGUUUUUUUUUUUCUUCAAGUCUGUAUUUUGUUUUCUUUAAUCGUCAGAUAAGCAUGUUUUCCGCAGCUUAUUGGCUUUCGGGUAGAAAAACCAUAAGCCUAAUUUUCGUAACCUGAAAUUCCGCCGACGGUGCUCCAAAUUUCAUGGUUUUAUACGGAUCAAUUUCAAACCAAAUGUUAAACACUCCGGGCGCCAAGUAAUUUACGACGGCCUACUGCCAGUCAGCCUACGAAAUGAGGUUAACUACAUUUACAAAACUUGGUCAAAGACCAACUGCGGGACGUGUUUAAGGUUGUUGAGUCAUUAGUUAAAAACUACACAAGUUUACAACUAUAAGUAGGACCAUAACAAACAUUUGUUGUUGCAGCUGGCACGCCAGGUAUACCAACAUUUUAUGCAUGUUUUGUUCAGUAAUUUUGUUGCGUCAUCAAAUAUCAUGUCCUCUGACGCUUUCUCGAAUAAAUAUAUUGUUAUCAUAAUAUUUAAUUACAUUACACCUUUUCUUAUAUCACGUAGAU